AUCAGUUGCUCAAGUCUCCGUAAGGGGUAACAUCAGGCGCAUGCUUGAUAGCUACCUUAGGCAGGUGCUCCUAGCACUGGCAGCUCAUUAUAAGCGAGUAGCACAGCGCUCAAUGAGGUGUGAAGGGCAUGAUGAAAAAUAUUUGAUUUAUUACAAAGACUUAUUUAGUUUUCCUUAGCCAUUGUUCACAUCUUGAUCAUUGUCAACGGCAAACAUAGGCCAACAUAUAAAGCGCUGACGUUUUAUUAAAAUCUCAUAAACCGAAAGUAAGUGAAUACGUAAAGAUUGAAAAUCGCCACGAUUGACCGACCCAGCGGUGUGGAUCCGUGCCGAAAUGUCCGUUUGGGUAGCGCCGUCACUCAUAGAGAAACCAACCGGUCCCCUGAACAUAAGUCAGGAGGUUUUAAGAAGCGUUUUGUACGGCAAGUGGUGUAACGUAUUUGGUGGCCAAAAAGAACUCACUUUUAAAUCAGGCGGUCUGGAGAAAGUGGACUACAACUCCGAUGAAGAACACGACGUUGGUUACAUGAGCAACAUAAAACGCGUCGGAUCGACAGCUUUAGUCCCGGUUCUAAGCAACGACACUGCGAAAACCAAGCAACUCUGCCUAGAGAAUGACUCUUUCUUCAUGGCAUUUGUCUCUCUUCCGGAGCAAGUUACUAUAGCGCCUUCAUCAAUUCCGGGUGUUCAACUUGGCGUGUUUAGUACCUGCUGGAUCAAAGAAGGCACGCAGAUGGGGCCGUAUACAGGGCGCAUUGUUAAAGUUGAAGAGCUGAGCUCUGAUGUUGAUAACAGUCUCAUGUGGGAGGUUCUGAACGAAGACGGAACAGUCAGCCACUUUCUCGACGCUAAAGACGAAAAUCCACGCAAUUGGAUGGGCUUUGUUAACUGUGCCAGAAACGAACAAGAGCAGAACUUGGACGUGUUCCAGUACGGAGGUAACAUUUACUACCGCGCUGUCAAGGACAUCCCGCCCGAUCAGGAGCUGCUAGUUUGGUACGGUGGCACGUACGUGCAGUUUCUCGGGAUACCGGGAAUUGCACCGGUGAACGACUUUACCCGGAGAAAGCGAAGAGGACCCGAAGAAGAAGACGAAGAACCUGAGCCCACUAUUCCCGAAGAUCCUAUUUACAAAUUCAGCCACGAGCGAGUCAAAAGCAAUGUUGUACCAGGAAGACUCAAGUGCACGCUUUGCAGACGAGGAUUUAACUCCAGGAGCAACUUACGCUCGCACAUGCGCAUUCACACGUUGGAAAAACCUUUCCAGUGCAAAUACUGCAAGAAGUCCUUUUCGCAGUCUUCAACGCUUCGGAACCACACCAGACUUCACACCGGAGAGAAGCCUUACAAGUGCAAUGUAUGUCACUUCGCGUACUCGCAGCUUGCAGGACUGCGCGCUCAUCAGAAGUCCGCUCGACAUCGACCAUUACAUGAAGCUGCUAAAGCAGCGGCUCAAAAAUCGAAAGGUCUUCACGACGAGACAAAUCACAGCGAGCGUUCCCCAGACUCCCCUAAACUAGAAAGCACGCCUCAAUAGCUGACAGUUUUUUGGAAUUGACUUCUUAAUUACGAAGAAACUGGAGAAAGGCGCCAGAUUUUGAUUAAGUGGUAUUCCUCCAACAUAUGAAAGUAAACACACUCAGCCCCGAUCGCCAAUAGUAAAUAGAAUAGCGUCCGGAAAGCUAAGGCUUGAAGACAAUCUCUAAGAAUAAAAAAAAUCUCAUUUUCAAUAAUAAUGAAAAUAUAGUUAUAAGAACAACUUUAAACGAACUUUAAAUAUAGAUUAUAUUUGAUACUAGAAGAUGGGUAUAGAAAAGUUCAUUUUAAAAACUUGGUCUACUUUAAGCUGCCGCUGUGAAAUGUUAAUUUUUCUGUGUAGCUGGUAGGCCGACAGAUCAGCGAUGAAGACAAAUCAAUGAAAAAAUGAUAAUCAGAAAGUACUUCUGCACCUUUCAGUUGUAUAUUGUGUAAAUAUUUUGUAAAAAAUUUUGCUAGAAAGCUUUAAUGAACGUUGUAUAAAAGUGUUAGCAGUACGCUUACAUUUAAGCCGUCAAUAUGAUUGACAUGACUGCCAGUUUAAGAUAUAUGGAUCGGUUCUCGUUUACUCAAGUACCGUUUUAUAGGAAAUAAACAGACAUUCACAGGGAGUGUAGCUGUCGUGUUUAUAGUUCGCCUUCUAAAAGCCUCACCUGCGACACAACUGCACUGAGUUGUUUGGUCAUGUAAUUUCUUCCAUGGUCAAGUGAGGACAUGAUGUUAUGUCGCAAUGUUCGACUCUUGAAGUAAACACGAAAAUGGAAAGAAGCAUUCACUUCAAGAACUUAAUAAAUGGCGUAUAAAGAAACACCUUACUCCUUCCAUCAAACCUCAAUUUUCUACUUAACUAGGAUGGCAUUCUCUUUGUUUUAACUCAAGGUCGUAAGCCAUUUGUUCCUGAGAGGAAAAAACACGAGUAAUGAAAUCUUAUCAUAUUGGCUUCUAAAGUUGGGCAAUGGCAAAGUAUUUACUGAAGUUACGGCACUUUUCGACGUCGCACGUUUUUGGCUGGGUC